AUGGCUCCAUUAAGAAAUUUCCUGUGGUUUUGCUUCAUCACAGCCGUGUACAGCAAGUCGAUUCAUCAAUAUGUUGACGCUAAGGCAGAAUUAGAAAACUACAUAGAAAAUAAGAUACCUGACAUAAAUCCUAGAUUCAGACCUCAUUAUCAUGUGGCGCCUCCAGUCGGAUGGAUGAACGACCCCAAUGGGUUUUCCUACUACAAGGGAGAGUACCAUCUCUUCUAUCAAUUCUACCCAUAUGAUAGUAUUUGGGGACCUAUGCACUGGGGUCACGUCUCAAGCCCGGACUUAGUUCAUUGGAAACAACUGCCAACCGCUUUAUUGCCGAAUGAAGAACAGUGCUUUUCUGGCAGUGCUGUACAGGAUGGAGACAUGAUGGUACUCAUGUAUACAGGUCACAUAGUUUCUGAUAAGGAACCGUACUAUAAUGAAACCCAGUAUCUAGCGUUUAGUAACGAUGGCACCAACUUUCACAAAUACAGUGGAAAUCCUGUUUUACCAGCAGCACCAAAUGGUUCUCCUGACUUCCGUGACCCUAAAGUCUGGAGGCAUGGUGACCACUGGUAUGUAAUACUUGGCAGCAAAACAAAUGAUAAAAGAGGAAGGGUGCUCUUAUAUAGGUCAACGGAUAUGAAGAGUUGGGAAUUUUUAACAGUACUUGCAGAAUCACAAGGCGAUAUGGGCUACAUGUGGGAAUGUCCGGAUUUCUUCGAGUUGGACGGGAAGUUUGUCCUUCUUAUGUCGCCACAAGGAUUAGUUCCUCAAGGAGAUAGGUAUAAAAACACUUAUCAAAAUGGAUACAUCAUUGGUAGCUUCAAUUAUGAAACGUUUGAAUUUGUUCAAGAAGUUCCAUUUCAAGAAAUAGAUUUCGGACAUGACUUUUAUGCUGCUCAAACUACAGAGGUUAAUGGAAAGAGAUAUCUAAUAUCAUGGUUUAGUAUGUGGGAAGUACCGCAUCCAGAAGAUGUAGAUGGAUGGGCCGGAAUGAUGACGAUCGCAAGAGAAUUAAAGCUUGUUGACGGUAAAAUCAUCAUGAAACCAAUAGACCAAAUGUUAGUACUAAGAGAAAAUGUAGCUAUUGUGGGUAAUUUAGAAGAAAAUGAAGGCGUAGAGUUUGAAAAAGCUGUAGAAAUUAAUAUUCAAGCAAACUUUAAUGAAAAGGUAGAAUUACAACUAGAAGGAAGAGAAGGAGGCGAUAAAGUUUGGCUCCGUUGGGAUUCUGAGGUUGGAAAGGUUGUAGUUGACAGAGGAUCUGACGAUAUCCGCCAAGUCGAAUGGCAACCGAAUAACUCUCAUACGUGGAGAAUCUUCCUGGAUUCAAGUUCUUUGGAGCUGUUUUGUGGAAUUGGUGAUGUUGUGUUCAGUAGUAGAGUUUAUCCCCUAGGUGGCUGGAAGUUAAUUAAUUUAAGCAUUCAAGACAUAAAAAUAGAAGCUUAUCACUUGAAAAAGAGUUUUCCUGUAUAA